AUGGAGAUGCCGGGAGGGAGCGGCGGGGCCGGCGCGCUGGCCAGGCAGGGGUCGAUCUACUCGCUCACCUUCGACGAAUUCCAGAGCGCGCUCGGCGGCGCCGGCAAGGACUUCGGGUCCAUGAACAUGGACGAGCUGCUCCGCAACAUCUGGACGGCGGAGGAGUCCAACGCCAUCGCGGCCACCCUGACGCCGGCCACCACGGCCGUCCCGACAUCCAAUGUCGACGCCCAGCCCCCGCCGCCGCCGCCGCUGCAGCCGCAGCAGCAGGCCAUCCUGCGCCAGGGCUCCAUGACGCUGCCCCGCACGCUCAGCCAGAUGACGGUCGACGAGGUCUGGCGCGACAUCAUGGGCUUCUGCGACGAGGAGCCGCCGGCGCCCCCCGCGCCGGCGCCGGCGCAGGCGCAGGCGGAGGCCCAGGCGCAGCGGCAGCAGACCCUGGGGCGGAUGACGCUGGAGGAGUUCCUGGUGCGGGCCGGCGUGGUGCGGGAGGACAUGGGGGGCCAGACCGUCGUCGUGCCGGCGCGGGCGCAGGCUCUGUUCCCUCAGGGCAAUGUGGUCGCGCCGACCAUGCAGGUGGCGAACGGGGUGGUGCACGGAGUCGUCGGGCAGGGGCCUGGCGUAGCGAUGACGGUGGCGGCGCCGACCACGCCCGGCGUGCUGAACGGGUUCGGGAAGAUGGAGGGCGGGGAUCUCUCGUCGCUGUCGCCGGUGCCGUAUCCCUUCGACACCGUGACGAGGGCGAGGAAGGGGCCUACCGUCGAGAAGGUGGUGGAGAGGAGGCAGAGGCGCAUGAUCAAGAACCGGGAGUCCGCUGCCAGGUCCCGCCAGAGGAAGCAGGCUUAUAUCAUGGAGUUGGAAGCCGAGGUAGCAAAACUGAAGGAGAACAAUGAGGCAUUGCAGAAAAAACAGGUGGAAAUGCUACAGAAGCAAAAGGAUGCAGGUUAUAGAGAGAAUCGAAAAGCAGCUUGGACCAAAGGCAAAGAGAUUUUGCUUGCGACGAACUCUGACGGGUCCGUGGUAGCCCGAAGCUGA